UAAGACGUGUAGAGUUUGGGGCAGCUGCGUCGUCUACUUCGCGGGGGGUCGUGGACGAAGACUCUCACUCUCGCCAUGCGGGGGGUACGAGAUUGAAGAACCACAGUGAGUAUAUUGAUGAGCGAUUCCAAGGGCUGGGCCCAUCUGUUGAGCAAGCACAAGAAGGAGUCACACGUUCACCACCAGUGCCAAAAGUUGCCUUCAUCCGGGAUGCUCCCAAUAGGCCAAGCCCUACUCCUUCACCUUCACCUGGUAGAUCUUCUUCUUUGCAAGUAGUCACUAAUGAGUCAUUACAUUGCCAGCAGCGUGC